AUGGAUGACCUUGACCAGGAGGGCAUAAAUGAAGAAUUGAUGGAGUUCGCCAUCCGGGAGAGCUUUCAGGAUGCCUACAAGCUGCCAUGUUUACUCCAAUCAAACAGGAAAGAGUCAAACAGUGAAGACUUUAUGAGGCUAAUGUCAGCCAUUUAUCAAGGUGAUGUGGAAGCGCUGCGGGAGCUGUCAGGUUGCGUGUCAGCGUUGACAGAGAGUGACAGCAGGGGCUGGAUGCCUCUGCACGCCGCGGCCGUACAGCCACAGCCAGAGGUCCUGCGUGUGGUGCUGCAGGCGGUGACGGCGUCCACAGAUCUGACGCUGGAGGAGCAGACGCAGGACGGGGACACGGCUCUGAUCCUGGCGGUGGAGGCCGCCCGGGUGGAGAACGUCGGGCUGCUGCUGCAACACGGAGCCUCGCCGCACAACACCAACAGCAGGAACGAGUCCCCUCUGCUCCUCGCGGUGAGACAGAGCUCCUAUGACAUGGCGUUAUCCCUCAUCAUGGGCGGGGCCUUCGUGGAGCAGGUGUGUCUCACUAAGUGGACGGCCACUCACGAAGCUGCGAAGGUGGGCUGUCCGGCCAUUCUCAUGCUGCUGCUCCGACAUGGAGCCAAAGUCACGGCCCGAGAUGGUCACGGGGUCACGCCCCUGGGGGUCGCGGCCGAAUACGGAAAAACGGACGCUUUGGACAUACUCAUACAACACGGUGGUGAUGUGAACGCCCAGGCCAGUAAUGGAGACACAGUCUUGUAUGACGCGUCGGGGUCUGGAAACCUGGACUGCAUCAUGCUGCUCCUGCAGCAUGGAGCCAAUCCAAACGUGGCCAGCUACGCCUACCAGCUGCCCAUCCACCGGGCCGCGUACGAGGGACACAUCCUCGCGCUGAGGACUCUCAUCCCCAUCACCACCAAGAGAGCCAUCCGCCUCUCGGGUCAGAACCCCGUCCACUCGGCGGCGGACGGGGGACAGGUCGACUGUCUGCGGCUCCUCAUCCAGAGAGGCUUUGAUGUCAACGCGCUGCUCGGGACGCACGUCUCCGAGAACUACGGGGACAUGAGGAAGAGCCCUCUGUUCUUCGCUGUUUCGAACGGUGAUGUGACCUGUUCGGAGACUUUGCUCGCAGCGGGAGCGAAGCCUGAUCUGGACCCGCUGCGAUGCAUUCUGGUGGCCGUACGUGCUGAGAGGUAUGAGCUGGUGAGGCUGCUGCUGUCCUACGGAGCAGAGGUGAACUGUUACUUCAGAGUGAUCAGCGACACGGUGUUCCCCACGGCGCUGCAGUACUGCCUCAGAGACCAAGUCAUGCUGCGACUGCUGCUCAACAGCGGAUAUCACGCUCACAAGUGUUUUCAGUGCUGCCAUAGUGAAAGUGAAGAUCUGGACAGUACCUGGACUGACCUCCACAACCAGGCUUACCAGAUUUACGCUCAACCGGAUGUCAUUUCAUUCUGUGAGUUUGUGUCCGUGUCGUGGCUGACACAUGUGGUGGGCAGCGUGGUGAGGAUGCUCCUGGACUAUGUCAACCACGUCAGCAUCUGUUCCAACCUCAGACGCAUUCUGGAGAGGAGACCGGAGUGGGGUGACAUUUCUGACAUACUGAGCCAGCCUCGCUCUCUGCAGCACCUGUGCCGGCUGGUGAUCAGAGGUCAGAUGAGCCUCAGGAUCCUGAACGACCCCGAAGCCAUGGCUGCUGCUCCUUUUCCCCCCAGACUCACCAACUACCUGAGCUACAGAGAGUACGACCUGUACGCCAAACUUUCAUCAUGUCCAUAGCUACCCGUGACAGAAA